AUCAUCUAGUUCUCCCUCAAGUCAUGGCCAAGAUAUUGUGUUCGUAUCUGCUCAUCUCCAUCUUUAUUCUCUCAGCUUUGUUGGUUUUGCCAAGUGCAGAGGGAGCGGAUAUAAAAAGAUGUUUUGUGAACGUGAAGCUUAGCAAGCCAUGCAGCUUUCAAGAGUGCAUACCAAUUUGUUAUCAAAAGUACAACGGGAAUGGCUCUUGUACCGGAAGCAAAAACCAAAUUUGCACUUGCGUUUACAAUUGCUAAAUUUAGAAUAAUACAAAUCUUU